UUUUGGGGUUAUGUUCAGUGAUGUUUUUUUCAAAUAUUUAUAAACAAAUAGGUAAAAGAUAAUAGAAAGUAUCAACGACAGUAUUUACAGUGAAGAUUAACUUAAUUUAAUAAUGGAUGUGGAUUUAUUAAGACCAGGAACAGUUCCAAUUGCUCCUGAUACUAUACUUUGGUUUGAAUUUCUUUUGAAUCCCCAGCUUUUAGUGGAGCACUUGAGAAAAUCAAAUCCAGAUCCUACACCUGUUGAACUGAUAACCAAGUUCUUCGAUGUUAUUAGUGAAAGUAUGAAAAUACAAAAUGAAUCAGAUAAUGGUGAAACAAACAAUAUGAAUACAGUCGACAUAUCUUCUGAGAAGCCUAAAUAUUCGAACAAAAAUAUUGCGUUAAAGCUAUUGUCUUUGAAAAUUGUAGCAUAUAUAAAAUGGGACUUAGGUCAAAUCAGAUUAUUACCAUUCAAAACUCAAAUGGCCUUGAUUCAAGAUCUUUUAUAUUUCACCAAUGAUCGAAAAUUAGUGGAAAUACCACUGGUAGAUAAUCAGUGGAAUAAUUCAGAACAUUUAUUUGCUUUAUUGAUGUACCACAGAUGGAUGCUUAACGUAACCAUGAACAGAAUUACUACAAAUUGGCAACUAAAAGUAGGAAGUGUUGACAUUUCCCCCAGCGAGGAAUCCGUCAUCUGUACAUUAGAGAAUGUGAAUAAUACUGUUAAAUUUCUGGAAAAUAGUUUAGAAUGGGAUAACAUUCCAAGAAUGCCAAAACUGGAGUGUUUUGAAUUACCGACAGAAAUAAACGAAAAUAUAAAAUUCGACUGGUCAAAAUCUGAGAUUAUAUCUAGAGAAGAAUUGGUAUCCCAAAUCUGCUAUGAACUUGGAACAUACUUUUUCUACAGGGAGGAAUACAAAUCAGCUACAGAAAGAUUCCAAAGAUGUUUGGAAUCUCUCAAAGCAAUAAAGAGCUCUAAUGGAUUUUUGAAUUUCGAUGAAGAGAUAUUGGAGGUUUACCUGAAAGCUUGUUGUGGGCCAUUUGAUCCUUUCAGUAGUUCCAUUGUGAAUAACUAUAUGGGAAUAACAGGAAUCCUUCAAAAAGACAAUAUUAAAAGGGAAAUACCAUUAACCUAUAGAAUAAAUUUAGAAUUGGAUAUACAAGGAGCAAUGUCAAGUGGUAGUUUCUAUGUUGUUAAAGACCUCCUCCCUCAAAUCAAAGCUCUAAACCUGGUUAGAUGUAUAUUAGAUAGAAAACCAAUUCAUCAGUAUCAUAUCACUCUCAGCAGGAAUCCUGAUGUUUUUAUUUGGGCAAUUCAGUUGACUUGGAGGAAUUUUCCUGCUCAUGAUAAAAAAGAAAUAAAGCGAUUUCUGAUGGAUUAUAUUAUAAAUACUGAGGCUUCAGCAAUUUUAUCCCAAGUCCAAUCAAAUCCUAUAUUAUGUGAAAUAUUUGAUGUUAGUGAUGUGAAAUACAUGAAGAGUUUUGAAGAGGAACUGGAUAUUCCUUCAAUUUUAUUGGAAGAAACUAACGGUCUUGAGGAAUAUAAAAAGAAAAUAGACAUUUAUGGAAAACGGGAAAUGAAAUUAUUGGAGCAACAGCUGAUUACGACUUAUGACCCUCAAGUAGUGAGGGAGAUCCUUACUAUGACUUCUUUGAAUAAUAUUCGUAUUUCUGUAUGGAAUAUCAAUCCCCUUUGGGAACUUCCCAUACCGUUGCAGAGUGUUUUACAAUCUCUUUCCAGGGGCUUUCUACAAGAUUUUGCAUAUCUAAUGCUGGCUAAAUCCAAGGAGCAAAUGUUAGCAUCUAAUUGGGAUUUAUCGCUGAAACUCAUUCGUACACUGGAAAAAGAAUUACAAAUCAACAGUGGCAGCAACAUAGCUAAGUUAGGUCAGAUGAUAAAAUGGGAAAUUUUACUCAUUCAGAUAGUUCAAUUGUUACACGAAUGGCCCAAAAGCACAAUAGAUAAAAAUGCACUUGCCGCCGCAUGUGAAAACUGUCUUCAGAGCAAUGAAACAGUGCUGCCUCGCACAGAAAUAGCAGAAUACUGUGUUAUUUGCUUGCUGAAUCUUGGGAAAUGGGAUUUCCUGAUGAACUUCGACAAACGAAGAUCUUCAUCAGAAAUUGCUUCUGCGUUAGCUUUUACCUGCCAGGAAUGGGUGAAAUUCAAAAUGAAAGAAGAUCAGGAUUUAAGGAGAGGAAUUGACCUGAAGAAAAUGCCGCCUCCACAACUGCCAAAAAUUCUAUGGGAAAUAGUUCUACCGACUUUCACCUCCUUUCCUAAGAGAGGGAAUCAAGGCAGUGCAUACCAAGAUUCACAGCUGACGAAUUUAAGAGCCAACGUUUCAUCUUUUUUUGCCAAUGUCAGGGAUCCUACAGCUUUUUCAGUGAUAAUAUCUAUGUUGACACGUUUCUAUAACGUUUUACGGGAUAUGUCUAAGGCUGAUCAACAAAUAAUAGUUGAAGGAGUUGAUUGGUGGCCGUUAAGUGUGAAUAAUCCCCAACCAUAUAAUGUGAAAGCUGUUGCUGAAUUGUUGCCACAGAUUACCCUGAAGGCCUUGAAGUUUUAUCCCAACAACGUUAAAUGGUUGAGACUGAUGGGCGACGUUAAUUUAGUGAAGGACCACUAUCAAAUAGCUCUGAAGUAUUAUCUACAGUCUCUCUUGAUCCAAACAGACUAUUUCAACAUACCGGUACCACAUGAUGAUGAUCUGUACCUCAGGUUAAUCCAGUGUUCAACUUCUUUAAACUGUUUCACUCAAGCGGCAGUCCUGUAUCAGUUCCUUGAAAAGCCAAAUUACAAACAAGCAUUUUACUACUUGAGAGAAUCGAAAAUGGGAAAUGAUGCAGUGGAUGCUUAUUAUCAUUGCCUUUGGGAUAUAAACAUUUUAGAAUACUUAAUUCAUUUACAUAACCAAAGGGGGGAAUUUCAAAGGAAAAAAUGUGCCAUUCAGGUCAUGGGUCUGUUGGAAAUAAACUCCAGUAAUAAUGAAGAAAUACAGAGAGAAGCUAGUAAUUCGAGAAAAGCUACUUUUUUAAGAGCGAUGUGCAAACAGUACGUUUUCAAUUGAAUUGUUUUUUUCUGAUAAGUACAAUAUGUUUAAACCUCCCAUCAGUCAUAGAAAUAAAAGAAAGUGAUUUCCUUUUUUGUGUAUUCUUUUCCACAAAUCAUCAUCGCUAACAAAUAUUCAAUUAUGAUCAUCAACCAUGCGUCAGUUGCGAAGUUUUUAAGUUAUAUAUUGUGUUGAAAUGUUUAUGAAAAGUUAUUUGAAAGUGUAAUUAUUGAAAUAAAAAAAUGAAAUUCUAA